AUGGGUAACUAGAAUAUGAAUAUUUAAUAAACGUCAGGAUAAUUAGUUUAGCUUAAGUAGAUGUUAGCACUUGAAAACAGACUUAUGCUCAAAGAUAUUUCAUUAGGUUUCUCUACUGGAGAUGAGAUACAUCCUUAGGAUGACUUCUUUCUGUUAAGCGAUAAAGGCUAUUAGAAUUUUAAAGUGAGUGAAAUUGUAUUAUUUGAAAAUUAAAGUAAUGAACUGGCUGCUAUUUAGUUUAUAUAUAAACAAUACUAGAAUUUAGAAAAAAAUUAGGAUUUUACCAUUAAAGGAAAUAUAAUAGGCCAUUAGCAGAUAAAAAAUAUGAGUUAAAAUAAAAUCAAAUUUUCAGAUGAUGAAUUUAUUAUUGAUAUAAAGGUAUAUGUAGAAUAUGUUAUAGAUAAAAUUAAGAUUUUUUUGAAUAAUGGUAAAUGUUUUACUUAUGGAAGUCGCCAAACAAGUAAAUAAGAGACUUAUUCUUUUACAGCACCUUAAGGGUUCCACUUUACUUGUUUUUCUGGCUCGACAAGCUCUCACUUUAAUGGUUUGUGCAUUUUAAAAGCAGAUAUUUGCUCUAUUGAAAAAUAUAAUACUAAUCCAAAAUCAAAUUUUAUUGAAAUAAUUGCUUCAAAUAAAUCAGCGUUGAGAUCUUUAAUUCCUUAUUUGACUGUUAAGGAAAUGUCAAUUUUGAUGAGAGCUUAUAAAUUGUUUGCAAAAAUAUUAUCAAAUGAAGUUUUGUUUAUUGACGAAAUAGGAAGAAGAGCUUUAUUUAGUGGUAAUAUCAAUUUAAUCAAAUAUUAUCAAAAUCUAAUUAAGCAAGAAAGUCUAGCUAGCGAAUAAAAGAAUAAUCUUAGAACUUAUUAAGAUAAUAUUAAAAAUUAUGUUUAAAAUCCUCAUGGAGAAGAUAAAUUUCGUGGGUUCGAAUUUCUUAGUGAAUAUGGGCAGGCAGAGCAGAAAGAUUCUUACAUUGAAAAUUUGAAUGGAUUGACUCAUUUUAAGUUUUCAUAUAUGAAAAAUAUUUUAGUUUGGAAAAGAAAGAUGCAUGAUAUCUUUACUGCUAAUGACAUAGAAAAUAUAGAAAACAGUUCCUUAGCUAUUGUUUUUGGAAUUGAAAUAGCUGACAGUAAUUAUGGAGGUAGUUUAACAGCAGAAGUAUAAAUACAAGAUGAAGCACAUAACUGUAUAUUUAUCCAAAGGAAGAAGUUUGAUACAAUAUAAAGAGGGUUCAAAUUUUAUAACAUCGCUGGUUAUAUCAAAAAAUAGAACUUAAAUUAAUCAAAGCCUUAAAUAAUAAUAUUCUCUAUCUCAGGUCAGGAUUCUAGAUUUUGGGCAGGACAUUUUGGACCAAGGCUAAGAUCAAUUACCUGCAGACUAAUCCCUGUUUUAACUUAAUAAGAAAUUAACCUGUUUAAUAACAGUUUUAAAAAUGUCCAAUGA